AUGGGAGCUGUGAAACGAUAUCCAUAUCCAAAACAAGUUUGGUCACCAGCUGGGGGUUGGUGGACUCGACCAUCAAAUUGGAAGAGUAAUACUGCUAUAUGUGCAGCUGGAAUAAUUGUCAUGACAGGAGUUAUUUGGAAGAUUUCUAGUGAUCAUGAGUGGUCAAAACAAUUUAAAGAUGGUGAAUAUAAUAAUUUGAAAUUUGAACCAAGUAAAUCUGAAGAAAAAGAGUAA